CUAGAACUCGAAGUUAAUAUAUUAGCUAAAUAUAUAACCCGUUUACCAAGGAAAAACUUACAGAUACUUUGUAAGAACAGAAAACCUUAACAUGCACCCCACCCUAUUGUAUUUCAAGUUUUGUCAAUUAAAUUUGUUGUUUCAGUAGUUUUGCUCCAGUGAUAUUAAACUUAAUUGGAAAGACACUACACUUCAUAUGUUUGAACCAAUUGGAUUUGUCGUGCCCUUUGGUUACUACAGCGCGAGGUUUGGAUCUUACAUCUUGAUUUUGAAUACAUCCUUAUACAGUUACCUAAAGUAUCAAGAUUUUGAACUCUAUUUUUGUACACAGUUUUCUCUUUAAACAAUGUGAUUAUUGGACCAAUAAUACCAGCAUUAUUUAAUGCAAAGAUUCCGAAUGCACCAGCGCAUCAUAUCCAGCUAUCCUCAGGUUUAUUAUAAAAAAACCUGUAAGAAGUUCACUAAAUUGCAAAAUCAAUGUUAAAAAAUUGUUUGGUAGUUUAUCAUCCUAAUUGAAUAUUAAGGAUGAAGAUGUUCUUCUCACUUCACCCUUGGCCACUAUUCUCUAUCUUUCUCUGGGAUGGCAUCCAUGGUGAAGCUACCUGUCAUCGAUGCAACGCCAACCAAUUUCGCAGAUUUUGGUCAAGUUAUUGAAGCUCUCCCCGAUGACGGUGAAUAUGGGCCUCGAGAUGCUGAGUUAGAUCUCAGCCAUGGGAUUCCAAGGUUAUAUAUAGUGCAUCUGGAAAGAAAACCAUUUAGGUUUACGAAAAUUUCUCAUCAUGCUAAUGUUACUCAAUGCCUCGGUUCAAUUGGUGGUCAUGAUUGGUAUCUUGGAGUUUCUAAGGCAUCUAUUGUUAAACCUGAUGAAGUUAAUGAAAACGUAGGACAGAAAAUUGUGCAAUCAAAAGCUGGCCAUUCUUAUGUUCCUCCUCCACCUGAGGAUGUUCAUAUUUUCCGAUUUUCGGGUCCAAAGUUUGUGAAGCUUCAUAUUGGGACAUGGCAUGUCGGACCUUUGUUCAGAGGGGACUGUAUGGAUUUUUACAUUCUAGAGCUCAGCAAUACUGAUGAAGCGGAUCACACGACGCACAACUUCAAGGAAGAAGAUGGAGUAGUCCUUUCGUUUGAUGAUCAGGUGUAGUGUUUGUGGUGUUUCAGUUAUAAGUCUGUUGAGGCGUAUUUCACCAUUCCUAUCCAAACAAAAUGCUGCUAGCAUUCUGGUUAGAGUUGGGUUAUCUUUUAUUUGCCUGGAGAGUGUGAAAUAAAGAAAUGAUCAUGACAGAUGCAAUUGGUUCUGCCAUGAAACUGUUGCUUGUUUCCUUGUGUUUGUAUUUCCUUGGACUAAGCUAAUGCACAAAAUUUGAAUGUAAAACUUUGGGUUGAUGUUCAGAAUUUGUUUAUUUUCAAAUUUCUCUGUUUGUUCUAUCUUUGGUAUCCCCUGGUGGCUAAAAGUGUCGCCAGUAGAAUACUGAAGAAUGAGUGUUUUAUCAAUGAAAUAAGUUCUUUUUUACAUGGCA